AUGUUGGUUAUCGUGAUCCAACAUUGUCCAACGUUGAGAAAUGGAAUAAAAGAAAUUUUAAAAAAGAAAGUGAUACCUAUAUCCUAUGUUGAUUCUCGUGAUCCAACAUCCAUGGUCCAUGUACAUCCAUCUACGUCCAUCGUGAUCCAUCUACAUCCAUCGUGGUCCAUCUACGUCCAUCGUGGUCCAUCUACGUCCAUCGUGGUCCAUCUACGUCCAUCGUGGUCCAUCUACGUCCAUCGUGGUCCAUCUACGUCCAUCGUGGUCCAUCGUGGUCCAUCGUGGUCCAUCUACGUUCAUCUACGUCCAUCUACGUUCAUCUACGUUCAUCUACGUUCAUCUACGUUCAUCUACGUCCAUCUACGUCCAUCGUGGUCCAUCUACGUCCAUCGUGGUCCAUCGUGGUCCAUCGUGGUCCAUCGUGGUCCAUCGUGGUCCAUCGUGGUCCAUCGUGGUCCAUCGUGGUCCAUCGUGGUCCAUCGUGCUAGAUCCUAA